CAAAACUUCACCAUUUUAACGAUAACUCUAUAUGAAGGCAGUUAAUGGUGUGGAGGGGACAGGUUUGGGGCAGGAAUUGGCAGACAUUAGAGGCUGGGCAUGACGAGCUGGCAACGGUGAGCCCCGAUCGGGAGAGACGGCCACGAUAUCGUACUCACCAAACUAGAUUUCUCCAUUUCUAACACAUAAUGACUACACAAAACCCACCGUAAUUAACACUUCUAACAAUAAAUAUUAAUAGGUAUCAUUAGCUUUGUGGGUGAGACGGUCUAUAGGCUGAAAUCUGAAAAAAUGAAAAGCCGAGAACGACAACCUGUCAACGGUGCUCAGAGGACCCGCCAGGAGCCAGCUGAUCCCCGGCUGUCCGACCGUCCGAGUGUCCGUUGCUCCCUCCCUCAGGCAGGCUUUUCAUCGUGUUUUGGUGCCACACCGAGGUUGAGGAGGCCGCUCACCGUCCCAGGGGAGAGAACACGCCUGGGUCAACAUCAGCAGCAGUGGGCCAGGGUGAUGGAGACGCCGGAGAAGGGCCCCGAGGUGCCAGUGCCGCUGCUGGAGUGCACGCUGACGGUGGAGGUGAUGCGGAACAACGCCAAGCACACCAGCACACACAAGAAGGUCAAGCUGAUGCUGGGCCGCAACGAAUUCAGGGACCUCAUUCUGCGCAUGCAAGGUGCCAAGAGCUCCCUGCAGUGGCCUCUCUCCCAGUCCUUCCAGCUGCACACACGGUUCAUGAAGGAGGGCAAGGCCACCAUCAGCCUGGGCAUGGGCACCACCAAGCUGAUGGUGUCCAACGCCCCGCCCAAUGCCCUGCUGGUGUUCCUCAAGGUCCUGGCCAGCAAGAAGGCCGUGGGGGUGGAGGGCCAGGCCGGGCCAGCCAAGGGGGUGACGGCCAGGCAGCGGCUCCUGUCCACGCGACCGUCGGCCUUUGAGGAGAUCAGUCCACUCACGCUGAAGGAGUACGAGGGGGCCCGUCAGAAGAAUGGCCGCCCGCCCCUAAAGGAACAGAACGGCCAGCAGCAGCAGCAGGACCUCGGCGCCUCCCCCGUCACCAGCAAGAGGAGGAGUGAGGCGUCCCCCGGCAGGAAGGCCAAGGUGUCCCGCUUCCUCACCCCGUCGCCACUCACCCAGGAGCAGAAGAGAGUGAUCCAGGCUGUGCACUCGGGCCACAAUGUCUUCUUCACAGGCAGCGCAGGCACAGGCAAGAGCUUCCUGCUGCAGCGUCUUCUGGGCUCGCUGCCGCCGGACACCACCUUCGUCACCGCCAGCACGGGGAUAGCGGCCAGCCAUAUUGGGGGGGCCACGCUCCACUCCUUUGCUGGCAUUGGCAAGGGCGACGACAGCUUGGCUCAGUGUGUCAGGCUGGCCUCCCGCAAGACUGUGGCCCAACAAUGGAGGAAAUGCAAGCACCUCAUAGUGGACGAGGUCUCUAUGGUGGACGGACUCUUCUUUGAGAAGCUGGAGGCGGUGGCGCAGGCCAUUCGUAACAACACCAAGCCAUUCGGGGGCAUCCAGCUCAUCCUGUGUGGCGACUUCCUGCAGCUGCCGCCCGUCACCCGGCCCGGACAGGAGCGGAUUUUCUGCUUCCAGACGGAGGCGUGGCAGCGCUGCAUCACCCAGACCCUAGAGCUGACCCAGGUGAAGCGGCAGGAUGACCAGAGCUUCAUCCGCAUCCUGCAAUCCGUCAGGCUGGGCAGGUGCAGCGAGGAGGCAGCGGAGAUCCUUCAGGGCACCAAGGACAACACGGUGGAGCGGAACGGCAUCAAGGCGUCACGGCUCUGCACCCACCGCAGCGACGCCGACCACAUCAACGCACAGAACCUUGCCCAGCUGACAGGCCCUGAGCGUGUGUUUGAGAGUGUGGACAGUGACCCGAGCCGCGCUGCCAUGUUGGACAGCAGCACACCGGUGGGUCAGAGGCUGGUGCUGAAGGUUGGCUGCCAGGUCAUGCUUGCCAAGAACCUGGAGGUGGGCCGAGGACUGGUCAACGGCGCCAGGGGGGUGGUCACGGCCUUCACCAACGGCAGGGACGGCAACCCCAUCGUGCGGUUCAUGAGUGGGGUGACCAGUGAGGUGCGGUUUGCCCAGUGGCGGGUGGCGGUGGUGGCCGGGAGCUUCAUCACGCGCAUGCAGCUGCCCCUCAAGCUGGCCUGGGCUUUCUCCAUUCACAAGAGUCAGGGCAUGACGCUGGACUGUGCGGAGAUGUCGUUCUCGCGGGUGUUCGAGGCGGGCCAGGUCUACGUGGCUCUAUCGCGCGCCAGGAACCUCCAGGGGCUGAGGGUGCUGGACUUCAACCCUUCCUGUGUCCGAGCCCAUCCCAGCGUCCUGAAGUUCUACCAUAAUUUGAGGAGGGAGCAGAGCCUGAGCUGAUGAUGAUGUUGAUUAGUGAGAGAGACUGUGUGUGUGUGUGUGUGUGUGUGUGUGUCCAAGCCCAUCCCAGCGUCUUAAAUUUCUACCAUAAUUUGAGGUGGGAGCAGAGCCUGAGCUGAUGAUGAUGUUGAUUAGUGAGAGAGACUGUGUGUGUGUGUGUGUGUGUGUGUGUGUCCGAGCCCAUCCCAGCGUCUUGAAAUUCUACCAUAAUUUGAGGCGGAAGCAGAGCCCGAGCUGAUGGUGACGAUGAUGAUUGUCUGUAAGGGGGGGUAUUUUAUUUUUUUAUGUUUUUUUUUAUAUGGUAAGUGAGGCAGCUCAAGGGGAAAAAACAAAAACAGCAAUAAAAAGUCCUGUGUCGCAGGGUUCCCAAGCAGGGUCCAUGGAACAAUUUCUAGGGGUCCACAGGGAUUAUAAUUAUUUUUAAAUUUAAUAUACUGGCAUUAGGAGACAUGCGGCUCGGAAUAAAAUUCAUACUGCUGUACACAGUCCUUAAAACUGAAUGCUUGAAUGCUAGAAAUGAUCUACAGUACCCUCCUGAGUUUGGCGCUUGCUUCGUUCCACAGGUACAGCGCUAAACUCACGGAUCGGUAAACUCUGUGUCUUGGAAGCACUGAAAAAGCACAUAUUUGUUCCGGCCCGUGGAGAAGCUGACCUUUUUCCCACUUUACUCUCUUGUUAUCACAAAAUACAUACUGUGUAAAAAGGAAGAAAAUGUGAAGAGAGAACGGGUCGUUUUGAAGCCGUAGCUGAAGGCGGCUGGCUGCCCUACCAUUGGUUGAGUUCUGAAAACACGCUUGUGAUUCGUUGAGUUCAAUGACAUCAUCAUCUGUGCUCAUCCAAUCAGCGGCCUCUAACUAUGACGAAACAAAAGGUUUGUGAAUCUGAAGUCAGCGUUAAUAGUUAAAUCAUUAGUUCAUAGCCUUUACCGUGGGCCAUUAGUGCCCAUCUCUGUGAAUCUGAAGGCAACGUUAUAGUUAAAUCAUUAGUUCAUAGCCUUUACCCUGGGCCAUUAGUGCCCAUCUCUGUGAAUCUGAAGGCAACGUUAUAGUUAAAUCAUUAGUUCAUAGCCUUUACCCUGGGCCAUUAGUGCCCAUCUCUGUGAAUCUGAAGGCAACGUUAUAGUUAAAUCAUUAGUUCAUAGCCUUUACCCUGGGCCAUUAGUGCCCAUCUCUGUGAAUCUGAAGGCAACGUUAUAGUUAAAUCAUUAGUUCAUAGCCUUUACUGUGGGCCAUUAGUGCCCAUCUCUGUGAAUCUGAAGGCAACGUUAUAGUUAAAUCAUUAGUUCAUAGCCUUUACCCUGGGCCAUUAGUGCCCAUCUCUGUGAAUCUGAAGGCAACGUUAUAGUUAAAUCAUUAGUUCAUAGCCUUUACCCUGGGCCAUUAGUGCCCAUCUCUGUGAAUCUGAAGGCAACGUUAUAGUUAAAUCAUUAGUUCAUAGCCUUUACCCUGGGCCAUUAGUGCCCAUCUCUGUGAAUCUGAAGGCAACGUUAUAGUUAAAUCAUUAGUUCAUAGCCUUUACCCUGGGCCAUUAGUGCCCAUCUCUGUGAAUCUGAAGGCAACGUUAUAGUUAAAUCAUUAGUUCAUAGCCUUUACCCUGGGCCAUUAGUGCCCAUCUCUGUGAAUCUGAAGGCAACGUUAUAGUUAAAUCAUUAGUUCAUAGCCUUUACCCUGGGCCAUUAGUGCCCAUCUCUGUGAAUCUCGCCCCAGCACGUGUGAACACGGUCACCCAACCACCAGUUUCUCAAGAAUUUUGCACAGAUUCAAAGUCGGCUGCAUUUCACAAGAAACUCGUGGAAAUUCUUGUCAGAAACUCUGUCACCAGCAUGUCGGUUAUGUUCUCGUGAGGUCGGUAAGUUGUGGUCACAAGAAAAAGAAGAGCGUAUCAGCUGAUCAGUUCAGUAGCUGUCCGCAUGUUUAUUCCAGCACCACGGUUGAGCAGGUCUUGGACUUGAGUCUUGUCCAAGCGUAGCCACUGCCUCAUUGUGUCUGGGUCCUCACUGCCAAGUUCUUGCAGCACUUAAUGGCAGCAAGCUGUAACACACUGCUUCAUUGUGUCUGGGUCCUCACUGCCAAGUUCUUGCAGCACUUAACGGCAGCAAGCUGUAGCACACUGUCUCAUUGUGUCUGGGUCCUCACUGCCAAGUUCUUGCAGCACUUAAUGGCAGCAAGCUGUAACACACUGCCUCAUUGUGUCUGGGUCCUCACUGCCAAGUUCUUGCAGCACUUAAUGGCAGCAAGCUGUAAUACACUGCUUCAUUGUGUCUGGGUCCUCACUGCCAAGUUCUCGCAGCACUUAACGGCAGCAAGCUGUAACACACUCUCCCUUUGUCUCUGAGCUAACCACUCAUGAACCUACAAAUGCUUUCUUUUUCUUUUUCUUCAGCAAACACCACAAAGCAAACUCUGCUGCGUCUGGAUCCAGUGUUUGUUUUGCUUUUCAGCUGAUACAUCCCAGAAUGCAACAGUCCUCUGUGUGACUAAACUGGAGGGUAAAUUCCAGGCAGAAACUUCUCGGGAGAUAAUUUUGGUGGGAAAUUCCUGAGAAACUAGCUUGUGUGACUGCACCUUUAAGCUGCUGGUGUUACACUGGACCUUUUUCCUCCACUGUGUUGGCGAUCGGGGCAACUGGCAGCUCCAACUUUUCCAGGUGUGCGUUACACACGGUCAAGGUCGGUUGUCCGUGUUCACAAUGUAAACAUAGCAGUCGCCCUGCAUCGAUUAAAUAGUAAACAAAGCAGCUCUGACAGUCUACUCAACGAGUUUCUUGGUUGUCCAUUUCCACUGCUCCUCACUCCUCUGCCACCGCCUUCAUCUGUUUCAUGUUGUUGGUUGUACCCCCAACCAUUUUCCACCAAUAUGGACAAUCGACAAUUUGCUCCCAAUUGGGCGCACGGGCAGCCGCAGUUGCUAGUAGUCCCAAUGGUUAGAGGAAAAUGGCUAGUGUGACCGCCUUAAGGAAUCGCACGUGACGCCGACAGUAGGUAGAUGUGACCCGUACAUGUCAAAGCAGCUCGAAACUUGGGGCAGUAAUGCAUCAAAGUUGGGAUGAUGAGAAUUUAGGAUUGAGUGCGAAACUCAGGGAUUGUGAAACUCGGAUAGCACGAAACUCAGGAGGGUACUGUACACUAUGUAAGGCAUUGUACAUGAAUAUAUUUAUUUUUUGCAGAAAAAUCUCCUAUUAAUUUUGGUGGCUUAACCUUUAUUGUCUUAGAGGCCCACGGGUGAAAAAGUGCCUUGUAACGGGGCCUGGGACAAAAAGGCUGGGAACCACUGCUCCAGACACUGCUCCAAGGAAAGCAACUAGAACAACAGGCCAUGACAAUGUUGACGUGUGUGUGUGUGUGUGUGUGUGUGUGUGUGUGUGUGAGAGUAUUUAUUUGGCUAGUUGUGAUAUGCAGGAAACAAGCUAUGCACUCACUAUUUUCCUGCCCUUCAGUCUCAGUAAGUUAGUUUAGUUUCAAUGUUAUUUAAGAUCUGAAUUAAACCUUUUUAGUCUUAAGAUGUUCAAGUGAUCAAUGUAUUAUUAUUUAUUUUAUUUAUUUUUUAUUUUUACGUUUUAUGUCCGGUGGGGUUUCCUUAGCCUUGGUGGUUGGCCCGAACCCGUCUGGGUGCAGGCAAGUGUUUGUAGUGGCGCCAUCUAUUAGGACAACUGUGUUUGGUGAAGCCUUUCCAGCAUUUUGUCCUCAUCUUCCUUCUUCUCUUCCUUUCUCUCAUCUUUAUCAAGCUCUUCAUGUCUCUUUGUCUGGUGUAGUGAAGUGCCACUUGUGUGUGCCAGCAUUAUAUAAAUAACAAUAAAUACACUAAAAUUUG